AUGGUCUCAGAGUACGAAUCGAUUGAAAAACCAAGCCACGGUCUACGCUACAUACGCGACAGUUUCAGACUCUACUCUUCCUUCUGCGACCUCAUCAAGCACCACAUUGGUCUGAUCAUGAGUCGUCCCAAAGCAAUCGAAGACGGCUACGUUACUAUCUAUGACAAGUGUCUCUUGGAGCUGUGUCGUGAUGGCAGAUAUGUCGACGGUUUGGCUGGUCAAGAAUUUUUUAUUCGCGAAUUCAUGGGAAUUGAUCCAGACUCGCGUUUUCGAAGAGAUAUCGAGGAUUUGAUUGAUCGCGAAAUUUCGGUCAAGGAUGCUCUUUUGAGGUCAGCUUCUCGGUCGCUUUCUCAAUCCGAGCAUCAAAAUAUCAAAGAAGAAAGAAAGGCUAUCACAACACAGUCCCAGGUAAUUUCCUCUCAGAACCUACCAUUCAGUGAGACCACCUUCGCCGCCUACGCAACAGUCUUCCACCCAGACAUGACCAUCAACGCACACAUCAAUUGUAUGUUGCACACUUACUUCAGAGCAAAGAAAGAUUUCUAUACCAAGCACGAGUCAACCCGUUCUUCAUACGAUGCGAAACUAGCCGACGCCGCGAAAUUCCUACGUGACAGUGCCGAGAAUGCACUUAGUUACCUCGAAGCGCAGGAUUUAUUGUCGUCAUACGAUAGCGACUUGGUACUGGAGCUCCAGACCGUGUUCGAUUUUGCGAAGAGCAAGGCUAUUGAGAUUCUGGGCGGAAAAAAGCGGCGAUUCGAGGUUGAGAGUUUCUACAGGGAUGGCGACAGCGGCAGAAGCAGCGACAACAGAGUGUCAUUAUCUGAGAGGUCCCCGAAGCCAAAGAAGCGUCAGGCCAUUGAUCGGUACACGGGUGCAUAUGCUGAUUCGUGGCGUCUUUAUGAUCGACAUGAGAGGUCGCGUUCUAGGAGACGUCGGUCAUGA